UCAAAGAAAAAAAUAAUAGUUUUUAUUUUUGUGAUUGUGAAUUUUUAUUAUUGUCUAUCCAUUUAUCCCUUAAUGGUGAAAUAAUCAAGAUUAAAGACAAGCAUGCAAUCUCAACAUCAAGCCAUAUUGUUCAUUACCAGCCAGAUUCAAGAACCACAGAAAUAAGAUUAUUUCACUGUGUCUUCCUAACCAUGAUGUUGGCAGAAACACUAAUCAAAAUUGGUGGCAGAUAUUUAAAUUGAAAUAGUUGAGUUCAAUUUAAUAAGAAACAUGGCAGAAUCUACAAAAACACAGUGCUGUUUAGGCUGUUUAUCGAGAAGUGAUGAAGUUCUAUUAGGAAGUUAUAAUUUGCAAAAUGAAACAUUAAAAGUUGUACUUCAGAUGGACAGUAUAUGUUUGUGUCACCUGUGUAAACGGAUAGCACAACACACCGAGCUUUUCAUUCAGAACGUUCAAAGCAAUCAGAUAUUGCUGGAAAACUUUCCCAAUGUUAUGGAUACAGCAUUCCAAAUAGUGAGAUCUCAAACACAACCAUUAGUGAAUUUGUCACAUUUCCCCUUAGACAUAAUACAUUUAGAGGGUAUUGAUAGAGACAUAGAGGAAUCUUUCGUCACAUAUAACUACAAUGAAAGCAAAGGGGUGGAAAUUAAAAUGGAGAUGAAGGAAGAAGAGAGUGUGCUACUGGACCAUUUGGAAGGAGAAUUUAUUGAUAAUGACACAGAAUUUCAAGCGUCAUUUCUUAAGGAAGAGGAUGAGGAUUUCCCUUUAAAAUUAGAAUUAGCUGAUAUUAAUUUAAAAUGUCUCAAGAAAACAUUAAAAAAAAGUAAAGUGAGAAAAAAACAGAACACUAAACAAGAGCUACUAAAAAGGAAAAAUAUUAGAAUAAAAACUUUAUACAUAUCGAGAGAACAAUGUAUGGAAGAGAGAGCCAAGAUGAUGAAAGAUAUAAAAUAUUUAAAUUCAAUGUACAAAUGUGAAAAUUGUAUAAAAGGUUUCAAUUUUAAGGGCAGCUAUGACAAGCAUAUGGAGAAACAUAGUCAGAGUAUGGGCGAGUUUGAAUGUGAUAUAUGUAAACAAAGGAUGCCGUCAGAGGAAAAAUUACUCAGUCACAAGCGGUACCACCAACUACGAUAUAAAUGCAGCGAGUGCGGCCUCACCAGAAUAAGCAGGUUGACAAUAAAAGAUCAUUACACAGCGUACCACUGUUAUGGAUACUACCAAUACAACUGUCCGCACUGUUCUAAGAUCUUCAAACGCCAAGUGUCGCUACGAAAACACAUAUCGUAUUCACAUACGAACAAAGAGCGCGUCUCCUGCGCAUACUGCCAUAAGAGCUACGUUAACAAGGAAGUGCUCAAGGGUCAUAUGAUUAUGAGGCAUCCAAAAGAAGUGGCUGGUGGUGAGGUGCACAAGAAAUACGUAUGCCAAGAGUGCGGCAUGGCAUUCAAGGCCCCCUCGCAUCUAAAGAAUCACAGUAUAAAGCACUCCCACAGGCGGGAUUAUUACUGUGUCGAAUGUGAUAAAAGUUUCAAAUCUAAUUCAAGUUUGAAACAACAUUUGAAGACUGCCGCGCCCCACAUCAACUAUAUAGAGUUACCCCUUCCGUGCCUCCACUGCGAGAAGCGGUUCGCGAUCCGGCGCGACUUGGAGCGGCACACCAACCGUGUGCAUCUCAAUAUAAAGCCGUUCCAAUGCGACAGGUGUGACAAGGCCUAUGUGAACGGUUGGUCCCUGAAUGAACACAAACGCAUGAUCCACGAAGGGUACAAGCGGCCACUCAAGUUCCCCUGCCCAAUGUGUGAUAAAGUAUUCGAUCGUAACCAAAUACUAAAAGGCCACAUACGGACGCACACAGGCGAACGGCCCUACCAGUGCAGCAGGUGCCCGGCGCAGUUCAGCCAGGCCUCCAUACUAGGUACUCACGUCAAGCUCAUACACCUCAAGCUUACCAGGGAUGGUAGACCGAAGGUAGCCAUGAAAUAGUCCGAAUAUAUCCCAUAGUAUUUUUUUUAUGGGAAAUAAUAACAAGAUAAUGCCUUGUUCAGUUAAAUAUUUAUUGUACUGUAAAUACUAGACAAUUGGAUAAAAUAUCGACUACAAUGUACGUAAACAAAUAUACAUUAUAUGGAACAUAAAUAAUACAAGUAA